AUGGAUUAUUGCAAGCCCAUAAGCAUGCCAGUAGAGUGCAGAGUCAAACUAACCAAGCAUGACAAAGGAGAAAGCGUAGAUCCAACAUUUUUCAAAAGUCUAGUUGGAAGCUUACGCUACUUGACUUGCAUAAGACCAGAUAUUCCCUAUGUCGUCGGAUUAGUCAGUCGCUACAUGGAGAAUCCCACAACUACACAUUUGAAGACCACCAAAAGAAUUCUUCGAUACCUUAAAGUUACUGUUAACUUUGGCUUGUUCUAUUCAAGUUCUGAUAACUACAAACUUGCUAGAUAUAGCGACAGUGAUUGGGCAGGAGAUUCCGACGAUAGAAAAAGCACUACUGGAUUUGUGUUCUUUAUGGGAGACGCUGCAUUCACACAUGGAUGUCGAAGAAGCAACCGAUUGUCAUUCUUUCUACCUGCAAAGCUGAAUACGUAG